CUCCUCUUCCUGUUUACUGGCGUAUGAGAAGAUUUUACUAAUUGUUAUUUCCAAAACUAAGACACGUACGGGAAAAUUUUAUUUAGAUUGAAAAUAUACAAGAUGCAUUUUGAGAUCUUGGUGGUGGGGUUAAUUUUUGUUUCAAUCACCUUAUGUGAUGAAAGAUGGGAAGAAUGGGGAGAAUGGUCACCUUGCCCUGUCACAUGUGGCCGAGCACCACGUGUUCGACACAGAAAUUGUACACUAUCUGAAAGUAAAAAAACCUGUCCUGAAGAAGGUCGGCAAAAUAUAGGAGAAUGUGAUAAAGGCCCUUGCCCAGUUGAUGGGAAAUGGAGUCAUUGGAGUGCUUACAGACCAUGCACUGUGACAUGUGGCCAAGGAAAGAGAGUACGUACCCGAAAGUGCAACAAUCCACCAGCAGCACAUGGAGGACAAGGCUGUAACGGACAGUCCACAGAGACAACAACAUGCUCACGUGGCGAUUGCCCUAUCCAUGGUAAGUGGUCUACUUGGUCUGGUUGGAGUGAAUGUUCUGUGACUUGUGAUCAAGGAAUUCAUGAACGUUCAAGAAAAUGUAAUAACCCUCCUCCAAGCCUUAAGGGAAAGGACUGUGAAGGGAUUAAAUUUCAAACAGGCAUAUGUGUCUUGCCUAGAAGAUGUCCAAUUGAAGGAAGGUGGUCUCAGUGGUCGGAAUGGGGUUUGUGUACUACUUCAGAUUGUAAUAAGAAGAUUGGUUAUUGGGUUCGGUCUAGACUCUGCAAUAACCCCCUUCCAAUGUUUGAAGGGAAAAUGUGUAAAGGACAGUUUGUGGACAAGAGUGGUGCAUGUUUUGACCCAGAGAAUUGUUCAAGUAGGUUAUAACUCUUGUUUCAUCUCUUU